AUGCCACCUUCACUUGUGCGAGUUGAAGAUGCUUGCAUUCUCUUACAAGAAGCCGUUCGGUUAUUUAACGCUGAUUCUACUUCCGCUAUUGCAAAGAAAAAACUCAUCGAUGGAUCAAGGGGCAUUCUACAGGGAACUUCUUCGGUUUUACUUACCGUCGAUAUGUCCGAGGUUAGGAAAAUCAUCGGAUAUUGCCGCAGUGUAUUGGAGAUGCUUGCUUCUGCCGAAGUCGUCAAUUCCCUGUCUAGUUUGGCCGAGUUUGUCAAGAUUUGA